AUGAAAUUUUUGGGAAUUGUAAUAUUUUUGAUGGUCAAAUGGACGGAUGCAUCGGAGAAUGGAGAUUGGGAUGAGGCGACAGGAGAGCAGAGUAGGUUUGGCAAUUUUUGGAACGCUUUUUUGAUUCGAUUUUGCACGGUGCGAAAGGGCAGAGCGGAUCGCCCAAAAUUAAGGUGAAUCUGCACUGUGCGGGGAAAAAAAUAGAGUUUGCACAGUGCGAAAAUACAUAAUUUUUAUUCACACACUGUAAGAACAACUUUUGCGUCGCCUGUUUUUACACUGUGCAAGUUUAGAAAAUCACCGAUUGCACCGUGCAAAUUUUCUCAAUCCUGCACGGUGCAACGAAAAAAACAAGAUUGACCGCACUGUGCGACGAGACUGGGAUAAACUGCACAGUGCGGUGACGAGUUUUAUUGUCGCGACACGAAAACCAAGAAAAUGAAAAAAUUUUGCACUGUGCGAGAAAAUUUUUUUAUUGCACAGUGCGAAGAACUAAAGAACUAUUGCACAGUGCGAAAAAAGGAAAUUUUUGCACGGUGCCAAAAAAGUUAAUUAUCGCGCAGUGCAUAAUGGUCCAAAUUAUUGCACAGUGCAAAAAAAAAGUAAAUUUUCGCACAGUGCAAAAAAGUAUUUAGAUUAUCCGCACAGUGCAAAAUACAUGUCCAUUAUUGCACAGUGCAAAAAACGUGUCAGUUAUUGCACAGUGCAAAAAAGUAAUUAAAUUAUCGUACAGUGCAAAAAUAUAGGAAUUAUUGCACGGUGCAAAAAAAAUGUCAAUUAUUGCACAGUGCAAAAAGUGCAGUUUCUCGCACAGUGCGAAAGAAAUGUAAAUUCUUGCACGGUGCGAGGAAAGUAAAUUAUUGCACAGUGCAAAAAAAGUAAUUAUAUUAUCGCACAGUGCAAAAAUAUUGAAUUAUAGCACGGUGCAAAAAAAUGUCAAUUAUUGCACAGUGCAAAAAAAUGUAGUUUCUUGCACAGUGCAAAAAAAAGUAAAUUUUCGCACAGUGCAAAAAAGUAUUUAGAUUAUCCGCACAGUGCAAAAAACAUGUCAUUUAUUGCACAGUGCAAAAAAAUGUAGUUUCUCGAACAAUGCGAAAGAAAUGUAAAUUCUUGCACAGUGCAAAAAAAAACUAAAUACUCGCAAAGUGCAAAAAAAAAUUCAAAAUUAACAACCUAAAUUUUCUUUUCAGUUUUCCCAACAGGUGCCGUCGAAUUGGACGAACGGAAAUUCCUUCGGCUGGAGGACUUUUACAACAAAACAAAGACCAUCCCUCAGACGAGCUUGCAACGACUAAUCAUCGAUGUGUCGUUGCUGCAUCCGGAUUCGGAGGAUGCCGAGCACUUCUACGAGGUCUGCUCCCAGAAUUUGAAGACCACUGCGCCCAAUUUGAAGAUGGUCGCCUUGGAAGGGGGGUAUCAGUAUUUCCCGCAGGAACCGGUAAGUUUUUUCUUUAGAAUCUUUUUAAAUCAUUACACAGUGAAAACUGGAGGGCUGAAAAAACGUUUUUUCGCAAAAAUUUUUUUUUUAUCAAAAACUAGAACAAAUUUACAAAAAAAAAUGAAAAAGAAUGAAAUUUCCAGAAAAAAUGAAUCUUUUCCCCACAACACUGACAAAAAACGGCCUAAAAGUGUUUUUUCUCUCUGACCGCUCUCCAUUUUUCUCAUACUCUAUCGACCCUUUUCAGGACCACGACACGAUCCCCGACGAAUUGGAAGAUGUGAAAGCGGGCAUUCAACUCAUUAUCCGGGCAGCGAAAAAGAGUGGCAUUGAAAUCACUAGUGUUAUCAUGGUCGUGUCGCUGUUCAUUCCAUUCCCGGUAAGGAAAAAAAAACAUUACUUUAGGAAUCAAGAUGACUUUUUGUCAAAAAACCCAAAUUUUUAUGUCAAAACUACCAAUUUUCGAUUGUUUUACAACAAAGAACCAAUUUUAACGCCCUCUAAAUUUGAGAGAGUCUGUAAGUAGUAUUAUUUUUUACACACAAUGGGCUGAAAAAUAACGUUUUGUCCUCAAAACCGUCACUUUCCCCAAAAGAAUCCAUUUUCUUUAAUUUUUCCAACAAAGAAUAGGUUUUAUAGCCUCAAAAACAACUCAAAAUACCCUCUAAAUUUUAUAAAGUGCAUGAAUAGUACAUAUUACUGUUUACCCAAAAUCAGCCAAAAAAAUCUCAUUUUGUCAAAAAAAAACACGUUUCCUUCAUUUUUCCAACAAAAAAUCGGUUUUAAAGUCAACAAAACCACUUGAAAUACCCUCUAAAUUUUAUAAACUCCAUAAAUAGUAUUACUGCUUAUCCAAAAUCGGUAAAAAGAUCUCAUUUUGUCCAAAAAAUCCGCCAAUUUCUCCAAAAAAUCCAUUUUCUUUAAUUUUUCCGAUAAAAAAUCGGUUUUAAAGUCAUCAAAACCACUCAAAAUACUUUCUAAAUUUUAUAAUGUCCAUAAAUAGUAUAACCAUUUAUUCAAAAAGCAUCCAAAAAAUCUCAUUUUGUCCAAAAAACCGGCCAACUUCUCCAAAAAAAUCUAUUUUUUUUUUAUUUUUCCAACAAAAAAUCGGUUUUCAAGCCGUCAAAAACAGCUCAAAAUACUUUCUAAAUUUUACGGAGUUCGUAAAUAGUCCAUAAAUAGUAUUACUGCUUAUCCAAAAUCGGUAAAAAAAUCUCAUUUUGUCCAAAAAAACCCGCCAAUUUCUCCAAAAGAUUCAAUUUCCCCUCAUUUUUUCUACAAAAACUUGAUUUUAAAGUCAUCAAACCCACUUGAAAUACCCUCUAAAUUUUAUAAAGUCCAUAAAUAGUAUUACUGCUUACCCAAAAUCGGUGAAAAAAUCUCAUUUUGUCCAAAAAAACCGCCAAUUUCUCCAAAAGAUUCAAUUUCCCCUCAUUUUUUCUACAAAAACUUGAUUUUAAAGUCAUCAAACCCACUUGAAAUACCCUCUAAAUUUUAUAAAGUCCAUAAAUAGUAUUACUGCUUACCCAAAAUCGGUGAAAAAAUCUCAUUUUGUCCAAAAAAACCGCCAAUUUCUCCAAAAAAUCCAUUUUCUUUCAUUUUUCCGAUAAAAAUCGGUUCUAAAGCCCAAAAAAUCUCAUUUCUCCCUAAUUUUUCCAACAAAAAAAUCGAUAAUAAAGCCCCAAAAAACAGCUCAAAAUUUCAGCUAGUCCAUGACUCCAACUACCCCGUCCUCUUCAAGGAGAUCUACAAUAAGACCGUGACGGAUUACGACCUGGAACGCAACGUGGUUGAGUGCUUAUUCACGGUCGAUGGCGUUCCUGUAGACGCCGAAUUCACAUUCUACAACGACCGCGUCUUCGACAAGGUCAACAAGGGCCGCAAUCCACUAGUUUUGAAUCGGCAGAGCCGCGAGAAGGCGCUGAAUCCGGCGCUGAUCUCGCAUCCCCGCUACUUUUUCACUCUGGAGAAGUUUUACAGCCCCAACCUGAAAAAGUUCUACUCGAUGAAUGAGAAUCUGCCCAAGAUCUACUACUUGUUGGUGACGCUGAUUCAUGACGCUGCGAUUAAGCCGGACGUUUUUUAUCGACAGGCCGUGCAGCACUUCAAAGAGGCCGCUCCCAUGGUCAAAACCCUCGAAUUGUGGGGCGGGGCGGCUGUGCAUUUGAAACAUGGGGUAAGUUAAUUGUGCAAUGGAUAUGGUAGUUUAAUUUGAAGGGCUUUUUACUGCGUUAGGAGUUUGAAAUUAGUCGAUUUUAAGGAAAAAGGAAGAAAAAUCAAGAAAAAACGAGUUUUUUCGAAAAAUUUUUGUAAAUUUGUAAAUUUACCGAACGAUAAAUGGUCUGGAAAUAGUCUAAAAUUAAUUACGAUAACUUUUUACCACUUUAGAACCGGUUUUUGACUGUAGUUUUAUCGACUUUAUGCUCAACUUUUUUUGCACUGUGCGGCAAAAAAAUGAGUGUGCACUGUGCAGUCGAAUCAAAAGUUUAGUCAUCGCACUGUGCAACUGAGCAAAAUUUUUUCGCACUGUGCCGCUUUUUUUUCUUACCUUUUUGUACGGUGCGCACGCCAAUCUGAUUUUGGAAAAAAUAUAUUUCUGUCAAAAGCUGGAGCUGCGCCCCAUACUUCUGAAAAUAUUGAUGCCAUAUUAUACGAAAGCACUUUGAAACCGCUUUUUGCCUCAAAAACCGGUUUAAAUUGCUAGUAGGGCAAUAAUUUUAGUUUCCUCAGAUCUCACACCUUUUUAGUAUUAUUUAUAAGCGAUAAACUGAAAAAUUAUUUCCAAAAUUGCUUUAUUUAAUUUUUAUUGUAAAUUCCCCAAUUUUUGUCCUGGCGCGGGCAGGGGGUCGAAAUUUUUGCACUGUGCAGUCGAUAGAGAGAAUCUGCGUCUGUAUUGUGCGGCCUAUGGCAGUGUCCGAAUUUGAGGCAUUGCGAAAAUGCAUUGUGCCUUUUUCGUGCCAAAAAAACGAUAAUUUUGCACUGUGCAGACGAACACGACAGGGCUGCACCGUGCGAGAAAAGCAAAAUUUUUAUGAACAUGAUUGAACUGCACUGUGCGAGAAAAAAGCAAACAUUUUGCACCGUGCAGACGAAAACGAAUGGACUGCACUGUGCAAACAAAAUUUCGCACAGUGCACACGAAUCCGAGUUGAACUGCACCGUGCGAAAACAAAUCUGCACUGUGCAGUGUGCAAAACAAAACAAAAAUUUUGCACAAUGCAAUUUCCAAAAAAAAAUCAAAAAAACAGCUGACUGUCUUUCAGAAACAAGCCGAAUUGGAUGCAGAACUCAAAAACCUGAAGCAAAAUCUUGAAUCCAUGCUUCGAGCCUUCCGCACUCUUGGAUUCCGCAUCAAAAAAUUCGAUUACGAGGCGUUUAUGAACUUUGAAGAGGAGGUAAGUCUACGAAAUCCAUGUUUUUAUGCCAUAUAUCAUCUAAUUUUCUCGUUAUUUUCCAGUUUAUUGUCUCGGCCGCCUAUCCGAAGCUGGUCCAACAACUUUUCGGCCAUGUUGUCACCCAAAAAGAGAUCGACAUGGAGAUUGUGGACAUGGAGGUGAAGAUCUUCGACGUGGCUUGUCACAUCAAGCUCAACUUCUUCUUCGAGCCCUCGAUUAUGAAUCUGAAACAGGAGAGAAUGGGCUAUCUUCAUCUUCCGCCCUGGCCUUAG